AUGCAUACCCCCCCUGAGGAAAUGCGCCAGGCGCGAUACCGAUUUCGCCCUGGAAAAAGCUGUCAGCACAAUGUAGUCGUCCGUUAUUUUGCUGGAGAUGAGUUGCUCCUCUGUGAUGAUUGUGGCCGCUCAAACAGAUUUCUCUAUGUCUGUGCCGCCGACACACCUAACUUCUCACCAUUUGACGAUGGCGAUUCCGUGCCUUUCCCAGAUCUCAGCACCCUCAGUCCAUCAGUCCAGCAGGCUGCAAAAGAAGAACACUAUGCAGAGGACCAGAUUCACCGGCUGAUCGCUCAGAGAAUGGGAGCUCUAACCACAGCAAGAGACCAACACAAAGAAUCCUCCCAAUCUCAUGAAUUUCUACUCUUUUUUUCAAUGGAUUCACAAAUAUCUGCUGAUACUUCUUCGGUGAUUGCUUCUGCCACAACAACCAGCACUGAGGGGCUCAGCGGCUCAGACGAUAUCGAUACCAACCGUAUGCCUUGCCAACGCCGAUCAUGUGCAGCCUGCCGACCCAACUGGGCCGAUCGCGCCUGGGAGAGCAUCGACGCUAUCGUCAAUCAAGAAUACCAAGAGCCUCCUCGCAUACCAGAGUAUCUCAAUCGACGACCUGUGGAUGUUCGCGUCGCUCGUAACUUGCCCGAGAUGGACGUUUACGACUGGAAAAACAGCACGGCCUUUCGACUGUGGUGGGAUGGAUUCCGACGCCCUCUCCCCUACAAUAUGAGCAUGGCACUAGGCAUAGCCCAGUCGAUGGAUCUGGGUCCCUCUCAGUUCAAGAAACUGAUGGAGUGGUUCAUUAACCGUUGUCCAACCGCUGAGCGAGCCAAAGAGACAUUUUCCUGGCUUUGGAAAAUCCAGAAAACCCCAUCACAGGUUGCACACUUCCUCCAGACUCUCGCAGACUCUCGAGCUCUUCCUCAGCAGCAGGAGUGGCCGCGGAGCACUCGCCAGCCACUAGAUCCGUACGACUCCGUCAUUUCCCGCCCGAUCUGGGAGGAAGUCGAGCAGCAAGGCAAACUUAUUGAGAUACCAGACUGGGAAUAUUCUGAUGAUCUAUCCUAUUCUGCAAUGUAUAGACCAGUUCAGCUGAGAAAUACAGGACUUUUCAGCGCCAAUCGAGCUGCCUUGGCUGAUCUCCAACACGAUAAGGACAAACCCGAGCCCAACCAGAGUGCCCUCGACAGCAAUUUCAAGAGAGCGGCCGAAUAA